AUGUCCGACAAAGCGGGCAAGUCCAUCACCAACACCAGCACGAACACCGACACGAACACUAGCACCAGCACCAGCAACGUCUUUACCAGCACUAACACCAUAACCAACAACAACUAUGCAUCCCUGCCCAACACGACGAUGGAUCCGCCCAAUCGGCCAAGGAAUCCUUCUACUACAAUUAAAGAGGUUCUAGGCAGGUCUGCGGAAACACCUCGUAACAACCAGGACGCUGACCAGGCAUAG